ACUCUGACACACAAACUCUGCAACUCCCAUCACUCCAUUUCCAUCCAUUCUAGAGAGAGAAAAAAAACUUGGAGAGAGAAAGCUUGCCUCAACCAAAAAUGGUGAUGACCUUGAGGAAAAGGGUUCCUCCAAUUUCACCACAAAGUGAAUCUGAACACGAUUCCGAAUCCGAACCCGAAAUCUCACCAAAAAGGGCGAAAACCCAGAAAAACCCUAAUCCCAUCAAGAAGACAGAGACUUUAUCCUCCUCAGAAUCCGAAUCAGAAUCAGAUUCUGAAAAGGAAAAUGAGGUUUCAUUUGAGUAUGAGAAAAUUAGAGAGCAGAGGAUUAGAGAAAACAGAGAAAGAAUGGAGAAGCUUGGAAUUUUCACUCUUUCUUCUCAAUGCUUUAAUGGUAAUCAAAAGGGUGUUCCUCGCAAAAAGCCUGCUCCCCAGAAGAAGAAGCGGUAUCCUCCUCUUUAUCCUCGUGUUCGCGACCGUUCUUAUGACGCUGCUCGCAGAUCUGAUAGGUUGAAGGAUGUGCAGCGAGCUCACAUCAUGGAGACUGAGAGAUCGUUGAAAGACAUGGGAAUUUGGAUACCGGAGGAAUGGAAAACCGAGAUUUAUACCGAAGAAGAUGAAAAGCUUUUGGGCGAUUGUGAGACGAAAUGGACUUUAAAGGUUGAUGGAGUAGACGAAGAUGGUGAUCGGUUGUAUAAUCCUGAUGGGACACCUUGUCACCAAUGCAGGCAGAAAGUUCAUGGGAAACUCACCUACUGUAGCAAAUGUAGGUCUCCCCUGGGGAAGAUUUGUGGAGACUGCUUGUACACAAGGUAUGGAGAAAAUGUUCUGGAAGCUGUUGAAAAUCCGACUUGGUCAUGCCCAUCAUGUCGUGGGAUAUGUAACUGCAGCCGCUGCCGUCGGACAAAGGGAUGGGAUCCAAUCAAUAUUCAACACUCAAAGGUCAUUGAAUCAGGAUUUAAAUCCGUAGCACAUUAUCUUAUCCUAACUCGACGAGCUGGUGCCACGAAAAAGGAGUUGAAUGAUGGAGCUGUGGUGCUUGAUUUAACAGCAGAAGAGAAAACAGCAGCACCACAGCCUGAUGAAGGCUCUGACUAUUCUGCUGAGUCGUCAGAGUCUGAAUCUGAUGAUUCUGACAGUGAGGAUGAGUCAAAGGGUGAAAAGACUAAAAAGGAGCAGCCUGUUGAAAGUCAAGUUGAUACUACUGAGGUAUCUAAUGAAGAAGCUGCUGAUAUGGUACAAAAGAUUAACUGAAGUAUGUGCACUACAUUUAGUCUUUUGACCUAUGGGAAUUCUGAAGGUUUUUACCCUUAUUUUUGCUAAGUAAAUAGUAGAAGUAGUAAUUAGGAAGAUGCAGGCUGGCAGCUUGUAAUCCUUGUAUAGCAGUAUCUGCUUAUUUUGUCAAUGUGGCAGGAUUCCUGAUUUACUCUUUGUUCUGGUUUUUGGAUUCUUGAGAGGAGGCCAUUUUGUGUAGUUUGUGCCUUUUUGCUAUGAAAGAUUGUGUUUCAUCAAAUGGAUUUUUUUAAACAAAUUUGAAAGAAACAAGAUUCCAUGAAAGAUUACCUUGGUAAA